AUUUUGAAGGGUGAUUUAUACUCGUAGAAAAUAGGAACGAAACCGGGGGUAGAAAGCGAAAUUGACAUUAUAAUUCAUUCAUCUAACACGUCACUUUACAAGAAAUCAAUACAGUUACAAACGAAGUGCUUUGUAUACACGAUAGCAUGGAUUAUACAAAGAAUGCAGAGUUUAUAGAAAUUGACGGCGGGUAUUUAGAAGGAGGCGGCCAGGCAGUGCGAAAUGCAUUAAGUUUGAGCUGCAUUUUGAAACGUCCGGUGCGUAUUAUAAAUAUACGCGCCAACCGACCAAAUCCAGGCUUGUCACAUCAACAUGUGCACGGAGUGAAUUUGCUGCGCAACAUAACAAAGGCCCGAGUCACCGGCAACCAUAUGCAUUCCACUGUGGUUGAAUUUACACCUCAAACUCUGAUCUCGGACACUUACAAGGUGGAUACACGCACAGCUGCGAGCAUAACGCUCAUUUAUCAGGUUGCCCUGCCGGUGCUCCUGUUUGGCAACAAACCGUCUCGACUUGACGUAAUUGGUGGUACAAAUGUCUCAUUUGCCCCACAGAUAGAGUAUAUGCAGCAUGUGGUGGAGCCAAAUCUAAAGCAUUUCGGCAUCUCCUUUGAACUCAAAGUGUUGCAGUAUGGUUUCUAUCCACGUGGCAACGGGCGCUCCGUGUUGGACAUCGAACCGCUGAGCUCUUUAAAGAGUGUGCAACUCACCGAUUUUGGGCGGCUGAAGUCGGUGGUGGGGUGGUCCUAUUGUUCUGGACGUCUGCCGAAGAGCAUUUCAUUGGACAUGCAGCAAACAGCCCAGCGUGAAAUGCACCGUUUGUGGCCGGAAAAUGAAUGCAAUAUUCAGGCUUUUAAGCUCAGUCCCGAGAAGGCCCGCGAUAAUGGUGCUGGCAUAGUCUUAUCCGCAUCAACUAGCAGCGGCUGCGUUGUUGGCGCAGCCGCUUUAGGCGAUAAGAACAUUGAUGGCCAUGUGCUUGGCUCUGAUGCGUCCUGUGAGCUGGCCAGUUACAUCAAGAGCGAGGUAUGCAUAGACGGACAUUUGCAAGAUCAGUUAAUCAUUUAUAUGGCCCUGGCCAGUGGACGCUCCAUUAUUAAAACGAGCGCAGUCACCAAGCAUACACGCACAGCUAUGUAUGUGGCCGAAACUAUGACCGGAGUCAAGUUCGAAACGACAUACGAUGAAAGCGGACAGGCCCUGAUCAGUUGCGAUGGAAUCGGCCAUAGCAGCUCAUUUAUGUGAAAGCAGCAUUGUAAAUGUCCUUGUUGUUCACACUUGCCCGAAACACUGCCGACCUAUCGCGGGGACGAUACUAAGGCAUAGUACUGAACCUUUUAUACAACUUAAAUUAUUCUUGUUAUAUUUUAAACAUAAAAAGAACAUAUAUGCAAUUAAAUACGCCGAAAUAUUGCCAAAAAAUGUUCACCCUUAUUGCGUA